AUGGAGGAAUCGACGGGUGCUCCUUUCGGGCGAUUGGGAGUCGCCUUCGGGAUAGCCUGUAAAUUAAAGCAGCUGAUCGCAACGCAAGCCGAGAUCCAACAAGUGGAGAGGGUGAGGAGAAAGGUCCCUGCCGAGGAGAGGGUGUAUCCGCAAUUCCUCUUUACCGCCAAUCUGAUCCAGGCCCAGCUGGUCGAUCCUGCCGAGAUGACGGAAGAGAGGAGAGCUGCCGAGGCUAAGAGGAUGAACGACACCGGUCGACCCCGAGGACCAAACUCUGGCUGA